UCUAGAAAGUAUUUAUAAUAGCUUUCCUCUCCCCUUUUGAGAGUGUUCUUGCAAUUCCGUAGCAAUUCCUCCACGAUUUCCACUCACAAAUAACAAAUCCCAUUCCUUUCAAUCCGCUCAAAAGACAAACACAAGCAACGAGAAAGCAAUAGAUACAUAUAUAUUUAUACACACACACAUAGAAUCAUAUACCCAUCAAUGAGCAGGCCUCCGCGGGUUACUUGUGAACUCAUUCAGUGACUCGCAGAUUAAGCUAGCAUAUUUGCUAUGGCUCAAGAUAGUUCAGCUGAAUCAGAUAAGCGGAAACCUGGUCUUUUGAAAGAUCAAGUUCGGUUGGUUAAGAGGAAAGAUUCUGAUCGUUAUGAGAUUGUCCCUUUACAAGAUCCUUUGUCAUUUGAGAAGGGUUUCUUCAUCGUUAUCCGUGCAUGUCAAUUGUUAGCCCAAAAGAAUGAUGGACUAAUAUUAGUAGGGUUAGCUGGUCCAUCUGGAGCUGGGAAGACUGUAUUUACUGAAAAAAUACUCAACUUUAUGCCCAGUAUCGCAGUCAUAUCAAUGGACAACUACAAUGAUUCUACUCGAAUUAUUGACGGGAACUUCGAUGAUCCACGCUUGACGGACUAUGACACUUUACUCAGGAAUAUCCAUGAUCUAAAGGCAGGGAAGCCGGUUGAGAUUCCCGUAUAUGAUUUCAAGUCAAGUUCCCGCACAGGAUACAGGACUCUUGGUGUUCCGAGCUCCCGGAUUGUGGUUAUUGAGGGUAUUUAUGCAUUGAGUGAAAAGUUGCGGCCUUUACUGGAUCUCAGAGUAUCCGUUACAGGUGGAGUACACUUUGACCUUGUUAAAAGGGUGUUGCGUGACAUACAACGUGCUGGACAAGAACCAGAAGAAAUAAUCCACCAGAUUUCUGAAACGGUAUAUCCAAUGUACAAGGCUUUUAUUGAACCAGAUCUUCAAACAGCCCAUAUAAGAAUCAUCAACAAGUUCAACCCAUUUACAGGAUUCCAAUCUCCUACUUACAUUUUGAAGUCAUUAAAGAAUGUGACAGUGGAUCAAAUCAAAGCUGUCAUGUUGGAAGAGCACACAGAAACCGUGGAGCAGACUUAUGACAUUUAUCUUUUACCACCUGGUGAAGAUCCAGAAUCAUGCCAAUCAUAUUUGAGGAUGCGGAACAAAGACGGAAAGUACAAUCUCAUGUUUGAGGAAUGGGUUUCAGAUUCUCCAUUUGUCAUAUCACCAAGAAUAACUUUUGAAGUCAGUGUGCGGCUUCUUGGUGGCCUGAUGGCAUUGGGAUACACAAUAGCAGCUAUCCUAAAAAGAAGUAGCCAUGUAUUCUCCGAUGAAAGGGUGUGUGUGAAAAUUGAUUGGCUAGAACAACUGGACCGCCACUAUGUUCAGGUGCAAGGAAAAGAACGCCUACUUGUGAAGUCUGUGGCCGAGCAGUUGGAAUUGGAAGGGUCAUACGUUCCUCGUACGUAUAUAGAACAAAUACAACUGGAAAAGCUUGUAAAUGAGGUUAUGGCAUUACCAGAUGAUUUAAAGACAAAGCUUAGCAUAGAUGAUGAUUUGGUUGCAAGCCCGAAAUUGGCACUUUCUCGAGCCUCAGCAGAUAUGGUGGCCAUGAGAAAUAAGAAUCUCAAGAGUACUUUGCCGCAUACAUAUUCCACGCAAAGGGACAAAAACCUGUCCAAGCUAGCUGUGUAUUCUGUUGAUACUCGAAGGUUUGAAGACAGGACAACGGAAUCAUCAGCAACACUAGCAAGCCAGGGAGCGAUUGCGCAGCUGUCUGAGCAAAUUUCCACACUUAAUGACCGAAUGGACGAGUUUACCUCCCGGAUUGAAGAACUCAAUUCCAAGUUAACUAGCAAGAGAGUUUCUUCCAGCCCACAAAACAUGGCUCUGCAAUCUGAAGCCUGCAACGGGUCUGCUCCGACUUCUUACUUCAUAUCUGGUUUAGGCAACGGUUCCUUGACUGGAUCUAUAAUGCCUAAUUCCUUGUCUUCCUCCCAGUUAGCAAAGGAGUAUCCCUUAAUGGAAGAGAUUUCAAAUAUUACCAGGGGACAACGCCAAAUCAUGCAUCAGUUAGAUAAUCUUGCAAAUCGUCUCUGUGAGAACUUGAGAGAGAAGCCACAGCAAGCAAGAACGGAGAGGAGAAGCAUAAUGCCAGACAUUGAACCGAAUACGGUUUGUUUGAUUCUAACUUUAGCCGCCGGUGGUUUGGGCAUCUUUUUGUUCAAGGCCUUUCUACCGCGAAAUUGACCUCUUAUAGCAAUUAACGCUAAAAUCUCGGAUUCUCUGUGUUUAACCUUUUACUGUUCUACCCUUCAUAUCGGAAUGAUACGUCAGAUAGCAGGAGGCAAAUAACUUCUUUCGGGUUUUGUCUUUUUUUUUUUAGGGUCAAAGAAAGUUGUUCUUUGGCAAAUUUUGGUAUCGGUAUGAGUCUCAAAAGUCCUAGUAGAAAUGUUUUUCCUAUCAGCUCUUUACAAUUUCAACCAAUACAAGUAUUGAAGAAGCAUACCCCUGUCAUUGUUAGUUCUUGAUGUCCUUUGGAAUGCCAAGGACUAUUUGAUCAAAUGUAUCGCUUGACAAGUGCCUGAUUAUUCUGCUUUUCGUAAUGACGACUGAUAGGUUCUGAAUGCAA